AUGAAAAAAUUAAAAAAAGAAAACGAAAAUGUCAAUGAGAGCACUGACUCAGAUGAGAGUCGCGAAGAGAGUCACGAAGAGGAUCAAGAUUCCGACUCGGACGAAGGUCCUAAAAACGAAACCUGGGAUGAUGUUUU